UUCUGCAGCGACGAGUUCGCUGGAAACAGGUCAUCUCUGCUGAACCACAUGGCCCGAGAACAUUCCUUCAGCAUCGGACUCCCGGACAACAUCGUGUUCUGCAACGAGUUCCUGGACACGCUGCAGAACAAACUGGACAAGUAGGAAUCAGACACGUUCCAAUGGGUUUGAUUAUUGAUUCAUCAUCUGUUCAAUAUCAGAAACUGAUCACAUCAUGAAUGACAGCUGAUGCUCUGCAGAUGUCAGGUCAUUGUGUUAAGUUUAGAACAGAUUUAAUCAAGUGUUGUCUUCUUGUGUGUUAAUGUUGUGUUGUGCUUCCUCUGCUCAGUCUGCAGUGUUUGUACUGUGAGAAGACGUUCAGAGAUAAAACCACAUUGAAAGAUCACAUGAGGAAGAAAGCUCAUCGUCGCAUCAACGCCAGCAACAGCGAGUACGACCGCUUCUACAUCAUCAACUACCUGGAGCUGGGGAAGACGUGGGAGGAGGUGCAGAGCGAGGACGACCGCGAACUGGUCGACAACGAUGAUGACGAUGAUUGGUCGGACUGGCAGGCUCACCCCCCGUCGGCUGUGUGUCUGUUCUGUGAUGAUCAGUCGGAGACGAUGGAGCAGAUCUACACACACAUGAAGGACUCACACGACUUCGAUCUUCACAAGCUGAGGACAGAACUCAACCUCAGGUUCUACCAGCAGGUCAAACUGGUGAACUUCAUCCGGAGGCAGAUCCACCAGAGCCGCUGCUACGGCUGCGAGGGGAAGUUCCUCUCCAGAGCCGACGUGCUGCGCCACAUCGCGGCUGCAGGUCACGUGAUGAAGCUGCCAGACGUGUCCACCUGGGACCAGCCGCAGUAUUACUUCCCCACGUAUGAGAACGACGCCCUCUUGUGUUCGUUAUCUGACAGUGACGAGGCUGAAAGUGAGGAGACGAGUCACGGCGAGGACGUCCCGGUGAUCGCAGAGGACGUGUCCAACCUCAGAGCCCUGAGACAGACCAGCGUCCUCAACCAGCUGCUGAAGAAGAGAAGCUAGGACGAGGGACAGACAGCGGAGUGAAGACGUCUUCCUCUUUUCUUCUGGACUCUUCUUCACUCGCACUUUGUGAAAAGACAAACUGACCCGACGCAGCCGGAACGUGAACUUCAACACUUUACUUCACACAAAUGUUCAUUCAGUCAAUAAAGAGGAUGAUCGUCAUCAGAAGAACUUUAUUACUUUCAGUACAAAUAAUACUGAGACCAGUGGAACCAGUAAGUUUGUCUGUUUACAAACGAGAAUUCAGAACCAAACUAAAAGAGAUGAAUAUGAUUCUGUGUAAUAAACCGUGAGGUUGAAACCUGGUCCAGGGUCAGUUUGUCUUCUACUGGUUCUUCACUG